AUGCUUGAGCAUGUCGAAUAUAUACUGAAACAUACACCAAAUCUAACGGAUUUAUUUUUAUGGGGUUCGUGGCAUUUAUUAGAUGCAAAGAAAUGGGAAUCGUUAUUGUCAACAUAUUGUCCAAAGCUAUUAAAAUUUAAAUUUUCAUAUGCUGGUUAUACUUUUUGGGAUGAUGAUUUUAUUGAAGCAGCACAUAAUUUGCGACAAGAUUUUGCAACGAGGCGAUUCUGGAUUGAACGAAAUGUUACAAUUACGUUUGAUGCAGACUAUGAACAUAUUUUAGUUAGACUUAGUAUUCAAAACAUAAAUCAUUAG